AUGCUGGCUCUCGUUGCCUCUCCUCCGGUCAUCUCCGCCGCUUCUCUCUCUAAACCCCUCCAUUCUCUCACUAAAGCCGCGCUCCCUCUAUCUAGAGCCAAACCCGUCUGCCCUUUCCCCAAAACCGCUCGACCCAUCUCCGUCUACAAAUCCCCGAUGAACAACCUCUUCAACAGGCUCGGAUUCGGGUCACGUCCCCAACCCGACCCGGCUUCCGCCGCAAUCGCCCAAGGACCCGACGAUGAUGUUCCGUCGCCAGGUCAGCAAUUCGCGCAAUUCGGCGCCGGUUGCUUCUGGGGAGUUGAGCUAGCUUACCAGAGAGUCCCUGGUGUGACGAAGACCGAGGUUGGUUAUAGCCAUGGCCUCGUCCACAAUCCGAGCUACGAGGAUGUCUGUACGGGCACGACGGGACACAACGAGGUCGUUAGAGUUCAGUACGAUCCCAAAGAUUGCAGCUUUGAGAGCUUGCUCGAUGUCUUCUGGGAUCGCCAUGAUCCAACCACCUUGAAUCGCCAGGGGAAUGAUGUGGGGACGCAGUACCGAUCAGGGAUAUACUAUUACACAGACGAGCAAGAGAAGAUAGCUCGUGAAGCAGUGGAGAAACAGGAGAAGAUCUUGAACAAGAAGAUUGUGACUGAGAUACUUCCCGCCACGAAAUUCUACAGAGCAGAGAACUACCACCAGCAAUACCUGGCGAAAGGAGGUCGGAUGGGUCUCAGGCAAUCAGCUGAGAAAGGUUGCAAAGAUCCAAUCCGAUGCUAUGGUUAA